CUCCUAUAAAUACCCAUCAGCAGCUCGAACAACCCUCCUCCUGUUUUCUGCAAGAGGGCUUUAAUGUCUUUCAAGCAUUAUUCCUUCAUGAGAAAUUUUUAAAACCAAAACGGAAAAAAGAGGGUUUACGUUUUCAAGAAAAGCGGAUGCAGCAGUUAAGUGUUGGAGAUAAAGUCAUGAACAUGGAGAUGGCGAAGAACGAAGCAGAGAGCAGCAAUAACACGAAGAAGAUAGGGAGAGGGAAGAUAGAGAUAAAGAGGAUAGAGAACACUACGAAUCGACAGGUCACUUUCUGCAAGAGACGAAACGGUCUUCUCAAGAAAGCUUAUGAGCUCUCCGUGUUGUGCGAAGCCGAGGUUGCCCUCAUCAUCUUCUCCAGCCGCGGCCGUCUCUACGAGUACGCCAACAGCAGUGUGAGAGGCACGAUUGAAAGGUACAAGAAAGCCUCCUCUGACGCCGUCAAUCCACCUUCCGUCAACGAAAUCAAUACCCAGUACUAUCAGCAAGAGGCGUCGAAGCUUCGUAGGCAGAUUCGGGACAUUCAGAACAUGAACAGGAACAUUCUGGGCGAAUCUCUCGGUUCAUUGAACUUCAAGGAUCUCAAGAACCUUGAAUCGCGGCUGGAGAAAGGGAUCGCCCGCAUUCGUUCCAAGAAGAACGAGCUGUUGUUGUCGGAGAUAGAGUACAUGCAGAAGAGGGUAACGUUUCUUCCUUCCCAAGGAAACGAGCUGCAAAGCGAAACCUUUUUUCUCAGGGAGAAGAUAGCAGAAAACGAGAGAUUCCAGCAGGAGCAGGAGCAGCAGCAGCAGCAGCAAGGAGCGGUGUAUGAGUCACAUGAGUCGCAACAGUAUAACCGGAGCUACAUCCCGGUUAACCUCCUCGAGCCUAAUCAGCAAUUCUCCGGCCAGGACCAACCCCCUCUCCAGCUCGUCUAAGCCCUCAUCCUCCCCCCUGAGACGAUAUAUAUAUAUAUAUAUAUUCAUAUAUGUGUGCAUGUAUAUCUCCCGGUUGGACAAUGGAGAAGUAACAUCCAGCUUUUGAAUCUC